AUGGCAAAUUGGACGGUGGAACAGGUUUUAGACUGGCUAAUAUUAAAUGAUUUUGAUAAACAUGUAAAACUAUUUAAAGACGAAAACAUAGAUGGUACUGCGUUAUUUGGAUUAAAUGACGAAGAAAUUGAACAACUAUUACUCACAACUCGAGAAGAUGGUACAAUGAGAAAACCAACAAUUGGUGCAAAAGCUCGAUUUCGAACAAAAUUACAAGAAUGGAAAUCAGAACAACAACAACAGCAGCUAGAGACGGAACGACUGCAGCAAAUACCACAACAGCCGCAACUAGAUCGAACGGAACAGUCAGAAAAAAUACAACAACAGUCACAGGAAUCAAAAGAAAAGUCAAAAAAAAGGAAAAAGAGCAUCUCAAGACCAUCUGAUCAGCCAUCAUUUGUCGCGACUCCUAGAAUUCGAUCAUCGGCUGUAACCGCUUCGCCAACGGCCAAAAGGAUUGACACAUCUCGGAUCCUUACUUCUACUACUACUGCUGUGGUAUCCAGUGGUGAGACCGUUCCUUCAACAAAUAAUACAAUUGAACCUGAAAUCCCGAAUAUGUCUAAAACGUUCUUUAUUGAACCAAUGCAAACGAUGUUGAAUUUUUUUAAAAAUCCAUCAUUUUGUUUAAAAUUGAAAAAAUACUUAUCAAAAACUUAUAAAAUAAACUGUCAAAUACCCGCAAUAGAAGAACAAGAUAAGGAAGUUGGGUUACAUUUAAAGUUAAGUGGUAAUGUGAAACAGGAUGUAAAAAGUACCCGUGAAUAUUUGAAACAACUAAUUGAGUCAGUGCAGACAAAAACGUAUAACGACGAGAAAAAACAUGAAAAAAUUUUGGAUGCUUAUAUUUCUGUCACAGCUCGAUGGGGAUAUAUGUGUAUUGUGUAUUGUGGAAUAUUAUUGUACAGUAUUAUGGGUGAUCAAUUAUUAUUGAUUCCAAUAUAUUGGGUAUACAAUAAUAUUGAGACCCAAUAUAAUUGGAUGCCCAGUAAUAUUGUACAAUAUCGUCAAUAA